UGGUAGCUCAGCCUCCUAUUAGGAAAAACCACUGUCUUUUCUUUUUGAUCAAUCUAUCCAGAUCUCUUUCAACGCCUUACGCGGGUUCAGGCAAUUUGUUUACAAUUCCCCUUCUUCAAUCCCUGGCCUUCAACCUUUCUUUGGCCUGUCGUCGCGAACCUGAACAAUGAGGGCACCCUCACUGUUUGGGCCUGCGACGGCUGGCUUGUCGACUGUCCUCCGCCUUGGCUAUUUUCUCCAGUCGACCCCCGCUUACGCACUCACCUUUCAAUCCGUCUCAGAGCCCGAAUUAGAUCUGUCGCCAUUAGGCCAAAUCGCUUUCACAGGAGAUUUCGAUGCCAUUUCCCUCUAUCAAUACACCGAACAGUCCGAUACCGCUACCGAAAAUGAUAAUGCGCAAUCCCUUCUCACCCCUCUCCCGAACGGAAUCCUCACGUCACUCGAGUCGUCCAACGCCCAUAUUCGUGCGAUGUGCCCCUUCACGAAGAAAGACGGAACGUUCAAGGGUAUUUUUGUCGGAGGCAACUUCACCAGCUUGGGAGGGGUCGACUCGGAAGGUGUCGCGCUGUACAAUCCGGACUCGAACAAGGUAACAGCAUUGUCAGGUCUGUCGGGCUCGGUAUCAGCAUUACUUUGCGACCAGGAAACGAACAGUGUUUAUGUCGGAGGAAACUUCACAUACUACAAUAUCACGAACGCCGUGGCCUGGGUCGGAGAUGAAGGCUGGUCAAAUUUGACGUUUGGAGGCCUCAACGGGCCCGUCAACUCGAUCUUGAAAGACAGCAAUGGCCAUAUCAUUUGGGGCGGUUCUUUUGACGGCACCGGCAAUUCUACAUCAUCCGAGAAAGGACUGCAGGUGAUCAACCUUCAGAAUGCUACGAUUACUUCCGACGCAGAAUCCUCGACAAGCGGCUAUAUCAGUCCUAGUAAUAUUAUAUGUCAGACGAGCGGCGACGAUGGCGAAGGCAAGACCUGGCUGUUAGCGGAUUAUUCCCCCGGGUACUGGCGCGCCAUGAUGGGAUUCGAAUAUUACCCUACGAAAUUCAGAUUGUACAACACUCAUUAUGAGGGACGCGGCACCAAAACGUUCCUAUUCAGAAGACUUCCGGACAAUGGAAUUAUGAACUUGACAUAUACCGACCCCGACACCGGCAAGGACGUCCACUGUGAUCAGUCUUGCUCCCUUUCAAACAGCACAUCGGAGAAGUAUCGCGAGUUCCGUUUCGUCAACAGUGUUGGCAUGAGCGGAUUUCAGAUCGAGAUCCAGGACUGGUACGGCAAGGGUGCCGGUCUGAACGGGAUCGAAAUGUUCGAGACCAACAUUUAUGCAUAUGCCAUGAAUGCUUUCAACGAACCGACCUGUUCUGGUUCCGAUUAUCCGUCAAAGUCAACUCGCACAGGGUCGUGGUCUGUCGCACCGUCCGGCCAGAGCUCGUCUGAAUACUUGACCACGCAGGUGACGGACUCAAAUGCAACCAGUGCUUCAGUAGUGUUUGAACCCGAUGUCAAGCUUUCCGGAAACUACUCAAUCAAGCUGUACACACCCGGUUGUGAGCAGGAUAGUACCUGUGAUUCCCGUGGCAUCGUCAAUGUGACAGUUACCCCUACCAGUGAUACCGAUGAGCCUGUCCAAACGCUUAUUUACCAAACCAAUUUGUAUGAGAAGUACGACACCAUCUACACCGGCCAUGUGGAUGCCAGCGAUGAUUCUUUCCGUCCCCGUGUCAAGUUGACUCCGACAACCGGUCAAGGGAACAAUGUCACUGUGGUAGCCUCACUGGUUCAAUUCGUGGCAAACUCAGUGUCAGGCAAUUCGAGUGAUAACUUAAAUGGCCUGUUUGACUACAAUCCGUCGGAUGACAGCACCAACGUCACGGCUUCCGCGAUCGAUCAGGCAGGCUUGGCACUCGAAGAUGGAGCUUCCGUCAACGCCCUGGCCAGCCAUGAUAAGAUCGUAUACGUUGGUGGUAAUUUCUCGAGCUCCAAUAUCGAGAACAUCAUGUACUUUGAACAGGAUGGAAAUGCGACAGCAAUGCCCAAGGGCGGAUUGAACUCUGAAGUGACAAGCAUGGCGGUUCUGGGCGACAACCUUUAUGUCGGUGGAAAUUUCACUGAUACAUAUGAUGGUGGAAACGAUGGCCUGAGUUACGUCGCAGCAUAUUCUUUCGACUCGAAGACGUGGUCGGCAUUGGGCGCUGGUGUCAAUGGUCCUGUUAGCGAUGUCCUUGCUCUCAAGCUCAAUGUCUCCUUGGAACUUAACGAGACGAUCGUUGGCAUUAGCGGUAACUUCGAUCAGCUGCUAGCCUUUGAUAACAGCCCAGCAACCAACGUCUCUGGAUUUGCCGUCUGGGUUCCUUCGCGCAACAACUGGCUUCAGAACCUCAACGUCAGCCAAUACGAGUUUGCUGGACAACUGUCAGCCUUUGCCGAGGCAGACAAUGCAACUAUACUUGCCGGUAGUCUUUCUUCCGGUGGUCUUGCUGCAGCCGGCGCUGUUGCUCUUCUCUACGACAACGAGCUGAGUCUGGAGCCUCUGCUGACGGAUUUCAACACAAGCGGUCAGACCUACACAGGUCUUUUUGACACGAGCUCGAGCAACAAUCUCACAAUCCUAGGUGGCCACUUCACUACUAAUGCGACCAACGGAUCUGCGAUCAAUAACCUCGCCAUACUUGAUGGCAAUGCCGCCACCAUCCGUGGUCUAGGUGCAGGCAUUGACAGCAACUCCACGUUCUUGGCGUUGGCAAUCUCAGACAACGUUCUCUACGCAGGUGGAAAUGUUACUGGAAGCGUCAGUGGCUCGACAUUGAACGGUCUGGUGGUUUACAGUAUGGAAAACAACACGUAUUCCCAGCACCAGCCACCCCGGUUCCUUGGCGACGAUGUGACGGUGAAUGCCAUUGCUGCCCGUCCCAACUCGAAGCACAUCUAUGUUGCAGGAAACUUUCAGAGCGCGGGGGCUCUGCCCUGCCCGGGUGUUUGCUACUGGGACACAGAAGACCGGCAGUGGAAUAGGCCAGGCGCGAGUUUGAAUGGAACUGUGCUGGCGCUCAAGUGGCUCAACAGUAAGGAACUGUUGGCAAUCGGAGAUCUCAACAUCGACGGGAACCAGUCCGUAGUCGCGACCUAUACCGUUAAGAAACAGAGCUGGCAGACUUUCGAAGGAGCUUCGGCCUCUGACAUUCCUGGAAGCAUCACUGCCUUCACCCCGGCCAACACCGCGGUGUCCAAGUUUUGGCUUGCGGGCGUGUAUACCAACGGCUCCAGCUUCCUUGCCGCCUAUGACGGUUCUAGCUUCAGUUUUGUGAGGAACAUGUUCGACGACGAAACAGAAAUCCGUGGACUUGAGGUUCUUCCCAUCAACAAGAAUCACGAUGAUGUGAGCAACCUGAACGAUGACCAGAUGCUUCUGGUCACUGGUCGGCUCCAGCUUCCGGACUUUGGAAACGCAUCAGCGGCUCUAUACAACGGGACAACGAUGAUACCUUUUAUGCUGUCUUCCACCUCUGACGGCCAGCCAGGCAGCGUUGCUCAUAUGUUUUUCGCGAACUCGAACCCCUACACAAGCGGAGGCAAGCACCUGUCUAAUGGUAUUGUCGUUCUCAUCUCGUUCUGUUGCGCUCUUGGCUGUGUUUUCUUGAUCGUCAUCGCCGGUAUCAUCUUCAACAAGAUCCAACGCCGUCGUCAAGGUUACAUGCGGGCUCCCCAAGGAGUCGGAAUGGACCGUCCUUCCAACAUGCGGAGGCUUCCUCCGGAGUACCUCUUCAACUCCAUCAAGCAACCGAACCCGGGUGCACCAGCCAUCUAAGUUGGAGGGAGGGGCAUUUCGCCUGCCCCGGAUGCACUACCUUGCUGAUGAAAAGCAGAACGACCAUAUAAUCUGACCCACCAUCUACCA